GUCACAGUUGUCAACGCAAAUGUCGCAAAUUCGCUGCUUUCCGCAUCAUUUUGCAAUAUUUUUGUGAUGAAUUAAACUUUCUGUUCCUUGUUCCUUUUGAUUGGAAUUGAUUCAGUAUAGUUACAUUAUAUUGAACGUUAUUAAAAUAAAAGGCUUUUAUAUAUUAAUAUAGCAGUUUAUGAGGGAAUUGCAUUCUUAUUGUUAGAUGCAUUAUUUUGUAAUGCAUUAGUUGAACAACAUCUUGUUCCACUGUGCUCGCGACCAUGAAAUCCAGUAAACGUAGACUUCAAGCCCUAACAGAGAGCUCCGAUGGAUUGCCCAAUUAUCUCAAAAUGGAAGAUUCUGAAACAUCAAUCCCACCAGUAUUUAGGUCUAGAUUACAUGAACUGUUUUCUCAAAUAGAAAAGGAAUUUGACCUUCUUUACACUGAGAACUUAAACCUUCAAGAAAAGAUAGACAUUCUCAGUGAGAAACUGGAAAGGGAAAGCUAUGGAGGCGAACGCCAGAACUUGGACUACAUUGAAUUUGAGAGCACAGGCAAAAACUCCAAAGCUAAAUUGACUCAAAGUAACUCCCAAAAAGUAAAAGCAAGCCAUAAGCUGCGAGUUCAGACAAGUAAGAUAGUGUCCAGCUUUAAAGCUCCCACAUACAACUGUCAACUUGUGAGGGAGUUCUCAGGUCACAAGGAUGGCAUUUGGGAUGUUACAUCAGCCCGGCCUGGACAGGCCCUUAUUGGAACUGCAUCAGCUGAUCACACAGCAUGUGUAUGGAGCGUGGAUUGGGGGAAGUGCCUGUUACAGUAUACAGGCCACCAGGGGUCAGUGAACUCCAUCAGGUUCCACCCAUCUCGGGACAUCGCUCUGACCAGUAGUGGAGACAACACAGCUCAUGUUUGGCAGGCUGCUGUCAAUUGGGAUUUACCUCGUGGUCAAUCUUCCGAAGAAGAACUAGAAGGUGGUGGUGAAGAAAGUCUCGGAGAAGGUGGCGACAGGCCUGAAGUCCUGCGCACGCCACUCACAGAACUGGGUGGUCACCUAGGUGUGGUGGUGGCCGCUGAUUGGCUCACUGGCGGCGAUCAUGUGAUCACCGCCUCUUGGGAUAGGACGGCUAACUUAUAUGACGUCGAAACUGGCGAUUGUUUGCAAGUUCUCACUGGUCACGACCACGAGCUAACUCACGCGUCAGCGCACCACAGCUCGCGGCUGGUGGUCACAGCGUCGCGGGACACCACUUUCCGCUUGUGGGACUUCCGCGAGCCCAUACAUUCCGUCUCUGUCUUCCAGGGUCACACUGAGAGUGUCACGUCAGCAGUAUUCACACGUGAAGAUAAAGUGGUCUCGGGAUCUGAUGAUAGAUCUGUGAAGGUGUGGGACGUCCGCAACAUGCGGUCAGCGCUGGCCACGAUCCGCUCGGACUCGUCCGUGAACCGCGUGGGCGUGAGCGGCGCGGGGCUCAUCGCCAUCCCGCACGACAACCGCCAGGUGCGGCUGUUCGACCUGCAGGGCCAGCGGCUGGCGAGGCUGCCGCGCUCUAGCAGACAGGGCCACCGGCGCAUGGUGACGUCGGUGGCGUGGGCGGAGGACAUGUCCAACAUUAACUUCUUCAGCUGCGGCUUCGACCGCCGCAUCCUCGGCUGGUCCAUACAACCUUCGAAAGAGAACUGAGGAAUGGCCAGACGUAGGAUCUCCACUUAAAUCUGGAAACACGCUCGAAUCACAGAGGGUUAAUGGUCCAUUUAUUUACAUUGGCUGGUCAUUGCAAUCAUCCGUUUUUUUGUCUGGUUCAUACAACCCUCUAGAACUGAGGUAUGAUCAGACUUAGGAUAUCCACUUUAACUAAAAAUAUAUCUUUAAAUAGGUGUACUCGAAUUUCAUCGAGGUUAUGAAAUAUUAUAAUGUUUGGAGGACAUCCACAGACAGCCAUAAUAUGGCGUUUGUAUUAACUUUAUCAGUCAAAACAUUUAUUAUAGAAAAAUUUGUACAUCAUCGUUUGCCAAUAUGUUUUGGAUAAAUGAUAUAUGAAUUAUUAUUGUAUUUCUUCAAAUGUGACUAUACAUAUUAUUCAAUAUCACAUUGGUGAUAUUUUCUCGUGUUAUUUCAUUGAAUAUGUAGUGAUAUUAAUAUUUUUUAUGAAAAGUGUCAAAUGCUCAAUAUUUCCAACAGAGCCAGAUUUAAAUAUGAAUUGACUAGAUUAUUUGGUCUUAACCUAUUAGUGAUAUUGUAUAUGUAUGAUAUGUAUCAACAUCAACACGAUAUGUAUGUUAUGUACUUCUCACUUUUUGAAUAUUUGACUUUGAAAGAACGAGAAAAACAUAUUUUAAGUAAAAUCAUGCAGUUUAAUUUUUUAUACAUCUGAUGGUAGAAACGUGAUGUUUGGACAUAUGUUUAUGACUCGUUAUAAGACGUAAAGUAUGAUUUGUUGUUGAUACUAAAGUGAAGUUAGAGAAAAACACAUGAACCUCGAUACACACAUUAUUAACAUGUAUAUUAUUUAUAGCAAGUUGUCAAGGUUAUUGUUUUAGGGCCCAGCCUCUCAUUUUUUCACUGCAUUUACAGCUGACCAGCCUAAUAAUAUAAUAAAAUGUGACCAGCGGUGGAGAUUAACGUAAGGGAAAUGGAAUUCCUUGUAUUUUUUUUGUCAAUGUUUUAUACGAAAUAUAUGAAAAAAGUUGGAAAUGCUCUGCCUUGCAACCGAAGUAAGCACGGUCGACCCAACCGAAGUGAAUUUUUCCCGUGUUAUACGAAACAUCAGAAAAAAGUAUUUCACCGAAUUCGACCCUACUAUUUUAUCUACAACUUCAGAUUUUCAAUUCAAAGGUGAACCACAUAGCGUUUACCAAAUACAUUUGUUGCCUAUUUUUUUCUAACAAAAUUACAAGUGUAGCAAAGACAACGUAACAUUUAGGAACUGCUGUGUGGAAGCACUUUUAUUUGUGAUGUGAACAAUUGUACUUUUUUCCACUCUGUUAAAUCUUUAUUUCGUGAAGAUAGGUAUUGUUAUAAACAUAAAAGUAUGUUGUUGUUUUAUUAGUCUAUUAGAGUUUUUUCGUCCAAUAUUUAGUAUUAAAACUAAGUGUAUGGUGUUGGCCAAAUAGUUAUUAUCUUGAAGUGAAAGCUGUACUGGUACUUGUGCCGAAAUUUAUCGAUCAAUCAAAUUGCUUAUUUUAUUGGUUGGUUAUUAAUAAUAUACAUAAAUUAUAAAAAAUAGAUCAAAAACCAUUUUUAAAAUUAGGCGAAUAGGAUUAAUAAAUGCUCGCGAACGCGCAUAGACUUUCUUUGACGAAUGUAAUCGACGAAGAUAUCUGGCAAAGGGAGUCGCUGCUGUUGAAUACAUUUGACUAGAAAAUUUAAUUUUAAAGUUUAUGUUAUAUGUUCUUGUUUGUAUACGAAAUACCUUAAAUUUACAAUUGUAAAUAAUUUUACAAACUAAAGCUUAGUUUUCACAUCGAUUUAUCGUUUUAAGUUUUUGUAUUGUUCGUAUACAGGUUACUUAUGUUUAGCACCUUUGUUUGUAACCUCAAAUUAUAUAUUAACGUUUUGUACCUCUUUCCAUUGGUUAAAUUAACAUUUAUGGUUUUAGGUCUAGUAUUCCUGUAGGCAUAUAACAUGGUGAGUGUCAAAAUAAUAUUUAUAUUAGCUAAAAAUCUUUAUUAUAGUGAAAAGUAAGGUUUCUUAUGUCUUCAUCUGGUGAAUGUGUUAUAGUGAAAAGUCUGUAAUAUAUUGUCUACUAAUUUGUCAUUAGUAUUAAGUGAAUUGUUUUCCGCGCAAAAUAUAAUCUUAUAUGUUCGCACAAAUUAGUUUGAAAUUACAAUAACAAUACGAUUUUGCAUUAGAAAUUUAUCGAAGAUACAUAUCUUUAGACCUAACAAUAUGUUAAUAUUUUCACAACUUGAUUUUCUGCACCUAGUCAGCGAAGGAUGUUAUAAACCAAAGAUCGGGAGAAAGCAAUUUUAUACAGAUAACACUGCGAGGUUUGUUUAACUAACUAAGGAUCAAAACAUACCUUUUAGCCAAUAGUAGUGUUCAUGCCAGAUGCCUGUAGGCGACUUAAAGUUUUAGCAAUAACACACUCGAUAAGUAAGAAAUAAAGAAUGUUUUAGCCUGAGACACAUACUAUAAGUAAACAUAGUGAAUAUUUUGGUUGCAAAUUUUUAAAUAUUACGUUCAGACUAUAUCAAGAUGCAUCACAUUUUAAUAUAUGUAUGUGUUUAUUCCCGUUACAUUUUUUAUAAUUGUAAUUUAAUAGUGUGACAAUUUUAUUCAAUUAUUGAUUAAAAAAUAUUAAAACUAAAGUAUUCUGUAUAUAUAAAUAUUAUAAAUACUGGUGGAUAGGAAAUGUAUAUUAAAAUAAUAUUUAUCUUAAAACUAUGGGUAUGGGAAGCUUCGCUACUUAUACAUUUUCUGUUUUGUGUUACUUUCUAGUCAGGCUCUUUCAAAGUGUACAAAUCUGUCUAGUAUCCACUAGGAGAAAUAAUAAAAAAUGUACUUUUUUUACGCGAGAAUAGUGAGCGCAUCAAAUGCCGUGUGUACUUUGAUAGAUAUCAUGUCUUUAUUUUAGUGGAUACUGGGCAGGGCUGUAACAUAUCUAAGUUGUAUUUUUAAAGUUUGUCGAUAUUCAUUUUGUAUAUACUUGUGAGUUGUCGAAAACGCGACAUUUCAUAUCAUUUCUAAUAGGCAAUUUUGCUGCAAUGUUAUUACACCUGAGUGCACACUAAAUUAAUAUGUAAUUAUACAACGUAUUUUAAUUACAAUAUUGACAGUGGCAAUCGUCUAAAGUAAGUCAGUUGACUUGUGCACCGUGGUAACGGGUGGACCCGCAUGCCCUUCUAAAUCUAGUAACGGGUGUGUUGGUGGUGCCAUCUGCGUUGAGUUUUGCGAAAUAUUCCCUAUUGAAUUUGAUGCUCUGCACUUCGUUUAUUUAGAAUAGGGCAUUUUCCCCUAUUUGUUCAAGUUGACGAAUGUUGGCAUGUUAUGUAAAACUUUCAAGUACAUUUCAAACAUAAGAAAUGUAUAUUGUAAGUCUGUAUUUUGCAUUUGUUCAUCUGUGUUGAAUUAUUCAAUAUGAAGUAAUUAAAAAUCUGUUUCUUUAUUAGUGUACCUAUCUACAAUGCGCGCCGCGAUAGAUGAGACCUGACUUGAUAUAUGGUUCGCCUGAGUAGUAUUUUAGUUUUGUUUAUUUGGCCAUAUUACUUUUGCACAGUCAAAUCGACUGGUAGGGUAGUAGAUACGUCAGAUGUCACCAUCGGUAAACAGUUUAGCAAACUUUCGCCGUACCGAAAUUGCUGGUUUUUCCCUGCGAUAAAAAAGCUCAUACAAACUAUCCAAUGUAUGUUCAUUCGCUUCGGUUCGCCGAUAAUGUGGAAGAACCAUAAAAUGCAUAAUAAUAAUAGAAUGUAAAAUACAUGUUUACAAAUGUUAUAUGUAUGUACUAACAUGAUCUGAAUAUUUUUGUUAUGCCAAUAAUGGUACGAAUUAUAUAAAUGGUGAAUUAUCACAA